AUGUUUGUCAAAACUUGUGUUGCUUUGAUUCUGAUCGGAAUCGGUUUAUCCAAUGAAGCCUCGAUCGAGCCGAGAGUUUGCCACUUUCAAGAUCUCAUUAAACCUGGAAAAGAGGCUGGUUCGACGUCCGCAUUGCUGACCAGGAUGUGCCGCAAUUUCCAUCAUUUCAAAAAGGACAACGCACGUUUUUCGAAGGCCCGUCGUCGCGUGUUCGCCGAGGCCGAGUUUCGGCUAUGCGAUGUCGAAAAGCGGCCAAUCGCUGAACAGACCCUUGAAUGCAUUUUUGACAUGCUCGAGAAUGCCCCGCAGCCAACGCCCGAAUGCGAGCCGGUCACCAAUCUCGAUCUGACGAUUGCGUGCAGUGACGAAACGAUGGAACUGCUGUCCAACUGCACAUUUAAGCCAGUCAUCGAAAAAUGCACUCGGCCGCAUGAAAACGCGACCAUGACCGAUGUCGCCGACCGAAUGAUGAAUGUCAUCUACUAUUUCGAGACUCAGCUUCUUGUAACUCCAUUCGCAAACGAUACGUGCGGCUGGAAGUUCACGCAGAGGGUCGAAGCGAGUCGCAAGUGGGCAAAUGUGAUGACCGACCUGGCCAUGUCCGAACCGAUCAAGAAA